GUCAUCGGAGCGCUGGUCGGGUCCAUUGAGAUGUCGAUUAUGAAGCCCGCCGUCUUCUGGAAGUCGGAGCUCCAGCAGGGGCGCUUCUCCAUCUCGCGCGCCGUGAACCCCGCGUACUGCUACCGUGGCUUGCCCGUGGCGGUGUGCUCAAUUGCCCCGGUCACGUGCAUUCAGUUCGUGGCGAACAACGUGGCGCUGCGCAGAUUUGGUGCGGAGAGUACGGCUUCGGACAGUCAGCGGCUGGCUGCUGGAGUGCUGUCUGGCUUCGCGUCUGCGCUCGCACAGUCGCCCAUGCAGCUUGUGGAGAUCAACCAAACCACGGAUUCAGCAUGGUGGCCACUGCCAGGCGCGUCGUGGAAGCGCAUGGCUUCCGCGGGCUGUACGCUGGCUACCCCAUGA